CUUCCGUACACACGCAUUAAUCAACAUGUAAUAACCCACGUACGUCGAUAUUGUGUUGCCUAGUUCACACAACCUUCCAUACCCACAAAAUUCCUGUCCAAACUGAUGUGAAAUUUCAACCUAAAUAUGUAUAUAACCUGUUCUCAGAAACGCGUAAACCUUGAAUUUAACUUGAUUCAGAUUUUGACCAUCUCUUCAGACCUCUCAACUGAAUUGCUCGCAGGAGCUUUUGUUUAAACCCAUAGAAGUGAUCCAAAUAUGGGUUUUGCAGUAAGCUUUGUUUUUGACAGAUUAUUUGGUCUCUUCCACAAAUUCUGCUUUGUCGUCUCUACAUAUAUGCUUCCUCUGUUUGAUGCCUUGACAACGUAUUUCUCUAGGUUGGACAUGAAGAAUGAUUCUGUUGAGCAUAGUUCAAGCACUUUAUGUGAAACUAAUGACAAGAUUGUCUCCCGUUGUGUGAAUGAGAAGCAAGAAAAAGGUUUAAGUGAAGAUGUUUUGGGUACUGGUUUUCUGGAAAAAGAACCAAGCGAGUUUGCUCUUAGCUUUAGGUUUCCAACUUAUGACGAAUUCAUUGCGACUAAGAGGGGGAAUGGUGAAUUUGUUAGCUCGGAAGCUAUACCGUCUGCUAGCAUAGAUAAGUACCAUUUGUCUGAGAAGAGUUUCUCUGGGGAGCCUGUUACUUUUAGUGUGGAGGAGAAGAAUGCAGAGGUUAAUGAUGUUUCUUUCGAAAGUAAAUAUGUCAAUGAUGAGGAAGAGUGUCUUUCAGAUAGACAUUUGAAUGUCUCUCCUUUAGAAGUAACAGAAGAAAGCAUGAUUCGUGGUGUAACUGGGCAAGAAUUGAAUGAGAAAAAUGAAAGAGUUAGUCUUACGAGGGAUAGAGGAGAUGAUUUUGAUGAGGAAUACAAUUCGCGAGUUUCUGAAGAAAUUGAAUCUACCUCUAUGGAUUCUGAUUUCAGAUGGAUUGGUACAGAUGGAUUUUUGUCAGAAAAAGACUUCGGGAAAACGUUUGACCUUGAUUAUUUGAUCAACGUUGAUGACAAGAAGGCAGGAUCAAGUGAUGAAUUGUCGGACUUCGAUGAGAGUCUAGCAUCUUAUAAUGGUGAUGGAGAAGAUAGUGAUAUAGUGAAAGAGCUUCGGAAAUUGGAAGAACAUAUGGAUGGUACUAAAUCAGACUCUGAUGAAAGUCGGGAGUCAUAUGAUUUCGAAGGAGAAGACAGUGAUAUAAUGGAAGAGCUUAGAGAAUUAGAAGAUGGUAUCGACAACAAUGAUAAGAUCACAUCCAACCAUUUAUCUCAUAAAAAUUCUGAUGAAAGGUCAAACAACUCUAAUCAGGGAGAAGUUGAUAAGUGUAUAAGCAGUGCAGUUAAUUCUGAACAUUCGGAGUCUAAGAAUAGAUCUCCUGUGGAAACUGAGGAUACGAAUAAACUUGAAACAUUAUGGGAACAUCAAGAUUUGGUUGAGCAGUUGAAGAUGGAGUUGAAAAAGGUAAGAGCUAGUGGGCUUCCCACCAUAUUAGAGGACUUUGAAUCACCAAAGAUAAUGGAGGAUUUAAAGCCAUGGAAGAUUGAAGAAAAGUUCCAGCAUCAAAAUCCAAUGGGUGAGCUUAACAAAUUUUACAAGAGCUAUAGAGAGAGGAUGAGGAAACUCGAUGUCUUGACUUACCAGAAGAUGUAUGCAAUAGGUUUUCUGCAGCUGAAAGAACCAGGCAUUUUAGGUUCAAACAAUAAAACUUCUAUCCCAGAUAUAGCUUCAAUUAUAUCUGAGAACUUGUACCAAUACAAAGCCAAAAAACAUGAAAGUGACCCCAAGAAGAAACUCUUUGACGAAUUGCAGACUGAAUUAGAAAUGGUUUAUGUAGGCCAGAUGUGUCUGUCCUGGGAUUUCCUACAUUGGCAAUAUGGGAUAGCCUUAGAUAUUUGGGACUCUGAUCCUCGUGGGAUACGCCACUAUAAUGAAGUAGCUGGGGAAUUUCAACAGUUUCAAGUACUUGUCCAACGAUUUAUAGAGGAUGAACCUUUCCAAGGGCCCAGGGUACAAAACUACAUAAAACAUCGAUGUGUUUUUCGUGAUUUCCUGCAAAUUCCUGUAAUAAGAGACGACAAAUCAAAUGUUGGAAAAAAGGGUAAAGGAAUCCAGAGGGGUGACUAUGUAAUUAGCAGUGAUAUGCUGGUUGAGAUUUUGGAAGAGUCAAUACGAUUGUUCUGGCGUUUUGUUCGUGCGGAUAAGCAGUGUACCCAUGCAAACAGAAGGCAGAAGGCAACUCUAGUAGACCCUCAAGAGCCUGCAGCCUCUGUAAUUUUGUCAGAGCUUCAGAAAGAUCUUCAAAAGAAAGCGAGGAAGCUAAAAGACCAAAUGAGAAGUUCACAUUGCAUAUUAAAGAAGUUCCGGAACUGCCAAGAAGAAGAUUCUUCUUCUUCUAAUCAAGUUCUUUUUUUCUUCUCUCAAGUAGAUUUGAAGUUAGUGUCAAGGGUGUUAAGUAUGUCUAAACUAACUAUGGAACAACUUGCUUGGUGUCGCAGUAAAUUAAGCUCAAUUAGUUUUAUAAACAGAAAGGUACACGUAGAACCUUCGUUUAGCCUUUUUCCUUGUUAGUCUGUAUGUAUAGAAAUCUAGAAUUCAAGGACAGUUUUGCAGCCUCUGUA